GUGACCCCAGCCCUCCUUAGACCCACCGUGUCUCUGUGCGGGUCUGGGGGCCCGCAGUGCUCCCCGCGGGGGAUCCGUGCCCGGAACCCCGAACAAGGUGUUCGGGAUGGCCGUGGAGGAGGACCUGGGAGUGACCGUCAAAGGUCUUAAGCAAGUCCCAUUUCCAGGAAACGAAACCGAAAGGGCUGAGGGUGCACCCGCCGGGUCCGGGCCGGGCGCUGCAGUCGGGGCCGCGGGGCAACGCCGGGAUGGCCGCGCCGGGCUCCUUCCCGCUGCUGGUCGAGGGCUCCUGGGGCGCUGACCCCCCGCGGAACCUGAGCACCAAGUUGCAGAUGUACUUCCAGAGCUCCAAGAGGUCGGGCGGCGGCGAGUGCGAGGUGCGCCCCUGUCCCGGGAGCCCGGGCCGCUUCCUGGUGCUGUUCUCCCCGGUGGACGUUCGGAAGAGAGUUCUGGAGAGAGAGAAUCAUGAGUUGGCAUGGUCAGGAAAUGGACCGUUUAAGUUAACUCUCAACUUGCCCACAACCACAUAUGAAGCUAAUGAUUUUGACAAUGGGAAACCUCCAACACAGGAACCCAAGUCUGAAGACCUUGUCAAACAACCAGAUGUGUCAGAAGAAAUGGAUACAAUCCACUGCGUUGAUAAAAGAUCAGAAAACAUUGAACAUACCACAAAAGAACCUGUUUCAUCUUUGGUUGUAUUUGAAAAUCUCAGUACCACUGUUGAGGAUAUGAUGUUGACCUUGUUAGUGGAGAAUGUAAGUGGAUUGUCCAGUGAUGAGUUUCAAAUAGAAGUAAUACGAGAUUUUCAAGUUGCCGUAGUGACCUUUCAAAAGCAAAUAGAUAUCAUGAAGUUUAUUGAUGAUUGUGCCAAGCACCAUACAGUGAAAAACCUUUGUCCACGACUUCUGGAAGUAACAAAAACAAUCAGGGUUGAAAACUUGCCACCUGGUGUGGAGGAUCAGAAUUUAAAAGAAUUUUUUGAAAAUCCCCAAAUUGGAGGGGGGAGAGUUUUAAGGGUUGAAUGUUUUCCUGAAGAAAGCUCAGCUCUGAUUGAAUUCUUUGACAAAAAAGUCCUAGACAUCAUCUUGACCAAAAAACUUGAAAUUGGUAAUAUGCCACUCUCCGUGUUCCCAUACUACACCUCACUGGGCACAGCCUUGUAUGGAAAGGAGAAGCCUCUGAUUAAGCUUCCAGCACCAUUCAGAGAAUCACUGGAUUAUCCCUUAUGGAAAUUCUUUCAGAAAAAUAAUCAUCUGAUUGAGAAGAUAAAUGAUCAAAUGGCACAUUGUCACUGUGAGAUAACAUGGUCCCAAAUUAAUGGGGAAGUUACCAUCAGACCAGCAGCCACACUGGUCAAUCAGGGAAGAAAAAAAAUCAAGACCUGGCAGCAUGAUAUUUCCACAGUAUUCGCUGACCUCAGGUGUAAAUACAAGAUUAGCUCAUUUAAAGUGGACACGGUUGUCUGGGACGCUAUAAAGAACAGUGUAGAAAAUGAUCAUCUUUCAAUUGAGUUUGAUACAGCUAUGGAGCUUGUCACCUUGGUGGGGAGAUCAGAGGAUAUAGAGGAUUUUGAGUCACAAAUAAAGGACUUAAUAGAAAGUGCCACUGAAAAAAUUAAAAGAGAACAGCAAAGUCUGAGGGAAAAACUGCUCCUUUCUUCGGGAAAAUAUUCUCUGUUGUGCCAAAGUGGGACAUUGGAGGGUGUCCGGACCGAGUUCCCAGAGAUGAAGAUGACUUAUGAUGAAAUCUCUCAGCACCUGUGCUUCAAAGGACUUGCUGCAGAUGUGUAUAAAGCCAAGUGUGAAAUCCAGGAAAAGGUGUUCAGCAUGUCCCAAAAGAGCAUUCAGGUUCCCUCUGAGAUUUUCCAGUUUUUGCAACAGGUAGACUGUGUAGAAUUUUCCAGGUCUCUUUUUAUAGCACAGAAAAUUCUUGCAAUUUAUGAGCUACAGUCCACAACUGUUCUCUUAACCAGCUGUUCUUCUGAAGUCCUAGUAAAAGCUGAAAAACAAAUGAUGAGUGCCUUAAAUUAUAAGCACAUAGAAGUUGAAGACAGAAAAGUUCUUGAUGGCAUCAAAUGGAAAGGGCUCACCAGCAGUUUGCACAAGCAACAUAACUCUUCCUCACAGUCUGUGAUAAUUCAUCAGUUACCUUCAGAAGCCUCUGCCAAGGUCAUCAUAGCAGGCUGUGUGAGAGAAGUUAACCAAGUCUACGACUCUCUGUUUGACUUCCUGGAAAAACACACAAUAGUCGAGAAGUUGAUUGAAGUCAAGCCUUCCUUAGUUUUUUAUUAUUUAAAAUCAGAAAAAAAAACAUUGUGUGAACAGUUAAAGAGAAAGAAUGUGCAGGUACAAUUUAAUUCAGAAAGUAACCCAAAAAGAAUUUUACUAACUGGCCCCAAGAGCCAAGUUGGGGAGGGAAUGAACCUUUUCGAGCAAGCCAGGGACUCAGUCUGUGUUAGAAGUGUCCAGAUUGACAAGCCAGGAGCCAGACAGUUCUUCCAGGAAAAAGCUCGGUUUUAUAAAAGUGAGGUGAAAAUGCAAUAUGGUUGUUUUAUUGAACUUCAGGAGAAUGAAGAGAAGGGAGGUGGCGGUGAUGGCCAGAAGUGCUACCUCAGGACAGACGUGGCCCCUGGGGUGUCACUGAGUGUACAUCUGGGCGACCUGACCCGGUUUCCGGUGGAAGUAAUGGUCAAUGCAGCCAACGAGGACCUCAAGCACGUCGGAGGCCUCGCGGCUGCUCUCUCCAAAGCCGCAGGUCCUGAGCUCCAAUGUGACAGCGACCGGAUAGUGAAGAGCCAGGGCAAGAUCCUUCCGGGCUGUGCCACCAUCUCCAAAGCUGGAAACCUCCCGUAUGGCCACGUGAUCCACGCAGUUGGGCCCAGGUGGGAGAAGGACAAGGCCCAGAAGUGUACAUACACUUUAAGAAGAGCUGUGCAGGAAAGCCUCCGUUUGGCUGAAGAACACAAGUACCGCUCCAUCGCCAUCCCUGCCAUAAGUGCUGGUAUCUUUGGCUUUCCCUUAAGCCAAUGUACAGAAACCAUUGUCUCGGCCAUCAAGGAACACUUCCACUUUGAGUGGGAAGGACACACCUUGAAAGAGAUUUGUCUCGUAGAUUCAACCGAGAAUGCUGCCAAGGCCUUUGCUGAAGCUGUGAAAACUCUACUUAAGGACAAGCUGCCUGGUGCUGCUUCCGAGCCCGGUGUUCCAGCCACUGUCCUGCCAGACUCACAGAAGGAUCCUGGAAACAGACAAAUUCUGAGGACCCCAGGAGGCCUGAUGGUGGUAAUGGUUAAAGGCGAGAUACAGAGUGCAACGACUGAUGUUAUUGUAAACUCUACGUCCUCGGAUCUUGACCUUGACCAUGGAACCCUUUCUAAGACUCUCUUGAAAAUUGCUGGGCCAGAACUCCAGACUGAAUUGUACAGAGCUGAACAAGCAGUGACUGUGGGUGUGGGUACAGUUCUUCAGACCAGCGGUUGUAAUCUCCCAUGCCACCAUGUACUUCAUGUGGUGCUUCCAGAUUGGAUGGAUGGCAGCACUUCCACACUUAAGAUCAUGGAAGACGCAAUCAGAAAGUGCUUGGAGAUCACUGAGAACUUGUCCAUGAAAACAAUUGCAUUUCCAGCAAUAGGAACAGGAAAUUUGGGCUUUCCUAAAAAAGUUUUUGCUGAGUUAAUCCUCUCAGAAGUAUUCAAAUUUAGUAGCAAUAAUCAAGCAACAAUCUUACAAGAGGUUCAUUUUAUGGUGCACCCAAAGGAUAAUGAAAAUAUACAGGCAUUUUCGGAUGCAUUUGCCCAAAAAACUAGUGGAAAGGUUCCCAGUGAAGAAGUUCCCCAGCCUGCAGAUGCACAAGACUUCUAUGGGAAAGUUUCUAGCCCUAAGAUGGGAGUGCAUGAAAUGAAGAUUGGUCCCAUCACCUUCCAGGUGGCCACUGGAGAUAUCACCAAGGAAGAGGCAGAUGUGAUUGUAAAUUCAACAUCAAACACAUUUAAUCUCAAAACAGGUGUCUCCAAAGCAAUUUUGGAAGGUGCUGGAAUAGAGGUAGAAAGACAAUGCGCUGUUCAAGCUCAACAGAACAAUGGCAAUUAUAUUGUUACUGAUGGUGGGUUGUUGAGAUGUAAGAAUAUAGUUCAUGUCAAUGGUGGAAACGAUGUCAAGAGUUCAGUUUCCUGUGUUAUGCAAGAAUGUGAAAAACGGAAUUAUUCCUCCAUUUGCCUCCCAGCUAUUGGAACAGGACGAGCCAAUCAAGAUCCAGUCAAAGUCGCUGGAGCCAUCAUUGAUGCCAUUGAAGACUUUAUCAGGAAGGGAUCUGUCCAUUCCAUCAAAAGAGUCAAAGUUGUUCUAUUUCAACCACAAUUACUAAAUACUUUUUAUACCAGCAUGAAAACAAAAGAAGGAUCUCAGGUUUCUCCACAGAAGUCUCUGAUGUCUAAAGUUGUAUCAUUUUUCAGCAUUUCAAAGCCAUCAACCCCCAAAAAGGAUCCAUUAGUUUUAGAAAACAAAACAGAGCUCACAGUUUUUCAGGUGUGUGGUGAAAAUAUAAAAAAUGUGGAAAAUGCCCUUUCCUGGGUAAAGGAUUUGAUUAUAAAGGAACAGUGUUCUUUUACUAUUGAAGAUGAGUGUAUCAAAAACUUUGAUGAAAAAGAAUGUAAGGAAUUGAAUGAAUUACAGAAGAAACUAAAUAUUACAAUCUCAUUGGACCAUAUUAAAUCUUCUAUGGAGGUUGAAGGAAUUAGCAGGGAUGUUAUAGAGGCUAGAAAUAAAGUUGAAUUAAUAAUCAAGAGAGUUAGAUUGGACAAAGAAGAGGAAUACAGGGCAGAUUGUAUCAGUGAAUUUGUCGAAUGGCAAUAUAGCUACCACAAUACAUUUCAUCGUUUUAAAAAAAUGACUAAUUUGCAAUUGGAGGAUGCAAGGAGGGCAAAGAAAAAGAAAAUUGAUAUCAAAAUUAAACAUCAGACGUACACAGUGGACUUCGCCACAAACACUGCCACAAAUGCCAAAGGAGAGACUCUGCCUAUUCAGCGUCUCACGAAAGCUGAAGUUGAUAUUCCUUCACAUUGGAGUGAUAUGAAGCAACAGAAUGCCUGUGUGGUUGACCUACAGCCUACUGAUCCAGAGUACCUCACGGUGGCAAAUCAUUUUAAUCAGACAUGUUCAACCUUCGUCAUAGAGAAGAUUGCAAGGAUCCAGAAUCUAGAUAUCUGGAAUAGUUACCAGAUGAAGAAGAAAACCAUGGAUGCCAAGAAUGGCAACAUAAUAAAUGAAAAGCAGCUCUUCCAUGGAACAGAUGCAGACUCAGUGCCCCAUGUCAACAAAAAUGGCUUUAACCGUAGUUAUGCUGGAAAGAAUGCUGUAGCAUUUGGAAAAGGAACAUAUUUUGCUGUCAAUGCCAAUUAUUCUGCCAAUGACACAUACUCCAGGCCAGAUGCCAAUGGGAAAAAGUAUAUGUAUUAUGUGAGAGUUCUCACUGGAAUCUACACAGUUGGAAAUAGCUCCUUAAUUGUGCCUCCUGCAAAGAAUCCUCAAAAUCUUACUGAUCUGUAUGAUACUGUCACAGACAAUGUGAAAACCCCCAGCUUAUUUGUGGUUUUUUAUGACUAUCAGGCUUACCCAGAGUAUCUCAUUACUUUUCGAAGGUAAUAUCUUGGUAGCCUUUGAGGAGAAUCCUCACCUCCACAAAACUAAUUGUGAAGCAAACUUUCUCUCUUAAGAGCUCUUUCAAAGCUCAAAGGAUCUUUGUCAUUGAAAUCUUCAGCUUCUUCUUGUUUACAAUUAGAAUGAAUCACACUUGUGUGUAAUAAAUUUGAGUAUUUAAAUUAGAUAACUUGGUCACCACACUAUGGACUUCAAGUUUAUGGAACAAAUAGCAGGUUUAUUAUUUCAGAGAGAGAGAGAGAGAGAGAGAGAGAGAGAGAGAGAGAAUAACAUUGCACCCCUUCCCUGCCCCAUUGCUCAGGGAAUAUGUUCCAAGAUCCCUGGUAGAAGCCAGACCCUGUGGAUUAGCAACUAUAUAUGUGUGUGUGUAUAUUUUUUACUAUGCAUAACUACAACAAUAAUAAAAUAUACAAUGAUA